AUGACGAGAGAGACCGGGCAACUGGUUGUAGACACACCGGCGCGCCGGCACAACAUGCAAAAUAGCCAGCCAGGUCGAUACCACGUCGGGUGGGAAGGGGAAUACGCAAGCUUAGUCGGCGGUCUACGGGUAGAGUCGCCAACACUGAUAGCGGCACGAUUUUGCGACGAAUUGCGUAAACAGCCCUUGUUCCGCGUAGAACUCGGUAUUAACACCGAUCGUACCUGCGCGCAUGCUGCGUAUGACGGGUACUUGGUCGUUCAUUUACGGUGGCAAUGUAACUGA